ACACAUGCUGUGGUGCUCUUCGCUUAGUAUAAUUUCCUUCCAUGAACACAGGGAAAUGUCAGGCAGAUGGCAAAACAUAAAUCGAGGUUUUUAAAACAGAAGAUAGGUAAUCCUCCUCAGUUAUAAAUAACAUUUGAUUGCAUAUUUAGUUUCACGGUAUAUUCUGAGAAUAGAUUGUUCAACAAAUCCAUCUCUAAAAUCAACUAUUUCAUUAUAUAAAUUUAGCCAAGAAAUUAAUCCUAGUUGGAAACUUGAAACAAAGGGGAAAACAUAAAUCGCCUUAAGAACAAUUUCACUAAAAUGCAAAUAUUUGGCAAUGUUGAAUUUGUGUUCUUGUUUGUCCUGGAAAUUCCUAGUUUGGAAUCGAAUGAAGAAAAAGGUGGUGUGGAUUAUGGUUUGUCAAAGCCGCGCUAAUUGCACUGCAGAGUCCGACAAUGCCAUCCUCAUCCGCCAUGCGAGAAAUGGUAGAAUCGACAGUGCACGCAAAGUGUUUGACGAAAUGCCUGAACGAACAGUGUCUUCGUGGAAUGCCAUGAUCACGGCAUACGCUCAGAAUGGCAAGCUGAACGACGCGUGCUAUCUGUUUGACAUAAUGCCUAAGCGAAAUGUUGUUUCCUGGAAUGGGAUGAUCUCAGGGUAUGUGAGGAACGGGAGAACUGAGGAUGCGCGCAGGCUGUUUGAUCUAAUGCCUGAGCGAAAUGCUAUUUCGUGGACGUCGAUGAUUACGGCGUAUGUUCGGGAUCGGAGAAUAGACGAUGCAUGCGACAUGUUUAACAGAAUGCCUGAACGGAAUGUGAUCUCUUGGACUGCCAUGAUGGAGGGUUAUAUACAGGUUGGGAGGAUUGAUGAUGCGCGGCAGUUUUUUGACAGAAUGCCUGCCCGAGAUGUGGUUUCCUGGACAUCGAUGAUUAAUGGAUAUUGCCGAUGGGGACGGAUGGAGGAAGCACACCAACUUUUUGAGAUAAUGCCUGGGCGGAAUGUGGUCUCAUGGACGGUCAUGGUGUCGGGAUAUGCAUAUAAUGGGAACAUGGAGGCUGCAAAAGAACUGUUUGGUAAAAUGCCAGAGAAAAAUGAGGUCUCGUGGACUGCAAUGAUUACAGGGUAUGCUCAAAAUGGAAGAAUUAAGGAUGCAUGUCAACUGUUUGAGAGAUUGCAGCAUAAAUCUUUGAUAGCAUACAAUGCAAUGAUUACAGGAUAUACACAAAAUGGGAUGGUCGAUGACGCACGCUGGCUGUUUGAUGGCUUAUCGGAGCGGGAUGUUGUUUCAUGGAUUGCUAUGCUCACAGGUUAUGCUCAAAGUGGAAGAAUGGAAGAGGCACUCCAAUUGUUUGAGGAAAUGCCAGAAAAAACUACUGAGUGCUGGACUGCACUGAUAAAAGGAUAUACUCAGCAUUUGUCUUAUAACGAGGCUAUCAAACUCUUUAACCAAAUGCAGCAGGCAGGUAUCAUGCCAAAUCAAUCGACUUUAGUUAGCAUUCUAAUUGCUUAUGCCAGUUUAGCAGCUCUCCAACAAGGCAAGCAGGUUCAUGAGCACAUCAUAAAGAUGGGUUUUGAACCAGAUUGCCAUGUGGGAAGUGCCCUUAUUACCAUGUAUGUGAAAUGUGGGAAUAUAGCCAAUGCAGAACAUGUCUUUAGGAGAUCACCUAAAAAGGAUUCAGCCUUGUGGAAUGCCAUGAUUUCUGGCUUUGCCCAACAUGGGCAUUGUAGCGAUGCACUGCAGAUGUUUGAGAAAAUGCAACAAGCGGGUGUAAAGCCUGAUCAAAUUACAUUCGUUGGUGUGCUGUCUGCAUGCAGUCAUACAGGCUUGGCAGAUGAAGGCUGGCAGUAUUUUGAUUCUAUGGGCCGAGAUCAUGAUAUCAGACCAACAGCUAAGCAUUACGCAUGUAUGGUUGACCUGCUUGGUCGUUCUGGGAGGCUGGACAAGGCAGAGGACCUUAUCAAUAGUAUGCCCCUUGAACCUGAUGCUGCUGUGUGGGGAGCCUUGCUUAGUGCGUGUAGAACUCACAUAAAUGUGGAGAUAGCGGAGCGUGCCGCAGAAAACCUCUUUUGGUUGGAACCGUGCAAUACAGGAACAUAUAUACUGCUUUCAAAUAUUUAUGCAGCAGCUGGCCGUUGGACUGAUGUAGCUAAGGUGAGGCAAAUGAUGAAAGACAGAGGGCUUACAAAGGCUCCGGGUUCCAGCUGGAUUGAGGUAAAUAACAAGAUACAUGCAUUCCUUGGAGGAGACAGAUCAGUCAGAAACAAAGAAGACAUAUGCAAUGCUGGAGAGUUUGGCUGGGUAGAUUGAGAAGGCAAGUUAUGUGCCUAUUUCCAACUCCGUUCUGCAUGAUUUUGAUGAGGGGGUAGCUUAUGUGCCUGAUAACAAAUCGUUUCUACAUGAUAUUCAUGAGGAGGGAGAGACACAUAGUUUUUCACCAUAAGGAGAAUCUUGCAAUUGCCUUAGGGAUUAUCAGCACACCCUCUCAAAAAUCAAUCGGAAUGUUAUAGGAUCUUUGUGUUUGUAAUGGUUGCCUUACUGCUACCAUGUUCAUUCCAAUGGCUGUUAUGCAUGAUUUGUUAUGAGGACACCAAUAAUGCUCUUACAGUAAACAGUGACGUUAAGCGCAACCAAGAUAUCAGUUCCGUUCUCACCAAUUCUGAGUGUCUUUAUAUUUUAGGAAGUCUAUCACAAGUCUAUGGGUACAUCUGUCAUUUAAUCAGAAGGAACGUGGGUGCUUUUGCUGAAGGCCUCAUUGCACUGUUUUGGUUAAGAAGAAUGAAACUAUGAGCUAUGCUCUCAUCAAUUGUCAAUGUCUUUACACGACUGUAGUUCUAUGCAAGUCUUUGGUUGUGAAUAAAUAACAAGGCAAUUGGGUAACUUGCAAAGGUGACGUGUAAGGAACUUGAAACCAAAACACUUUGUCAAACAACUGAACAUUUGAAGCAGAGUUGAAACAAAGAGAAUUUAGGCCAUUUUUGCUUGUAGUUGGUGGUUGCGCGGUGGUUGCGCAUGUGUCAUGAUGGUUUUGUAUUUAUCGAUACAAUUGCGUUAGAGGCAUAGUGAUUUGUUCUGUGGACAUGGUAGUUGCCAUAGUGGCACAGUGAUUUCAUUCUGAUGUCCAUUUUGAUUUCACCCGUUUCAGACAAAGAAACAAGGUGGUAGAGCAGGUGACUCUGUGAGAGAUAGAAUCCCCUGAAGGCAAUUAAGAGAGUGAGAAUACGAAUUGGAGAAACUGAGAGCCAAAGAGUCACUUGGUUGCAUAUGGAACAUUUUGUUGGCACAGAGAGUAGCUGAGUGUACACACUAUUUGAACUCUUCGUAAGUACUUUUUUGUCAAACGGAUUAGAGGAAGAUGAGCAUUUACCACUUGGAGCUAGACUUCCGCAUUAUA